AUCAAUUAUUAAGUAACUACUGUAAAUAAAAUACUCAUGUCUGAAAAUGAAACAGAAACCUUCUUGUGUUGGGAACCAAAAAGACUUUUAUUUAUUAACCUGCCAAGCAUCGAAACGCUUUAUCUUCUUUUAGCUAAUACCUGAACUCACUGUCCCAAUUCACGGAUUCAAUUGAAGGCGCGCUUGCUUUUGCCCCCAAUCUGCAAAUUAGGUUUUUUUUUUCGCCCCAAAGGGUUCAGUUUAUUGAAGAUUUGGAGUGUGGUGGCUUUGAAACAAUUACAUGGGCAAUUGUUUGCAUAAGGAUAAUCUUGGUGAUGGUGAUUCUGAUCAGCAUGUGGAUUUUGUUUCUGGGAAUGUACAACUCAUUACUACCAAAGAAUCUUGGGACCAACAUUUGGAACAAGCAAAUAGGGAUAGUAAAAUUGUUGUUGCAAAUUUCAGUGCAACAUGGUGUGGUCCUUGCAAGAUGAUUGCUCCAUAUUUCUGCGACUUGUCCGAGAAACACUCGUCUAUGAUGUUCUUAUUAGUGGACGUGGAUGAAAUGGCUGAUUUCAGCACUUCCUUGGACAUCAAAGCCACACCCACUUUCUUCUUUCUUAAAGAUGGAAAAGAGUUUGACAAACUUGUAGGAGCCAACAAGCCAGAGCUGGAGAAGAAGAUUGCUGUGAUUACUGGUGGAGUUCCUCAUUAGUGAUUGUUGUUUCAUGUCAAUUUGUAGAACCUGUGCUCUUCCCUUCUCUCUUCAGAACAUGUUUUCCUGUGACAUUGUCAUUGUAUUUUUUUUUUCAAUGUAAAUAUAUGUGUGCUUUAUGCUUUACAGAAUAUUGAUAUAUAUUGUCACAAUUCUCCAUC